GCUCUAUUAAGUAAUGGUGCGGCUCUAGAGAAGAUGGAGUGCGGCAUAGACAACUCUCCGGAGGUGGUGGUCGGGAGCGACGUGCCUCUCAACAUGUAUCCCUGGGUUGGGAUACUUUACUACGUCAGCCACGAUAUGACGGGUGAAGUAAGAGCGGUGACCACCGUGAUACUCAUACAACAAGAGUUCGUGAUAGGAGCGGCAGCCGAUAUCGGACCCAUGCCGAAAUACGACUUCCGUGAAAACACACGCGUGAUAUUAGGGGAUGGUUGGAGGGGGAAUCCCCUGAGGGUACGCAGCUACGUAAUCCACCCGGAGUACGGGGAGACACUUAACACUGUAGCACUGGUGCAACUCAAAGACAUCGUCAGACCCACGCAGAUAAAGCCAGUGUGUCCGCCGCCAGAUCUCCUGAGGGACCCUGAGUUCUACGUCAUUAAGUUUCACGAGAAUUACAACGAUUUGAAGAAGCAAGUAAUCCCCGUGGAGCAUGUACCCAGCAAGAUGUGUAGAGAUUUUUACGUAUCCGCUAAUCUGUAUGCGCCCCGGAUGCGGCCCGGGUAUGUGUCGUGCGCGGUGGAGGCGCGGCAGGUCGGGGUGUGCGUGUGGGGCGCGGGCGGCGCUCUCCUCGCGCGGGACCACUGGGGGCGCUGGCAACUGUUGGGUGUUGGAGUGCGAGGUCCAGGCUGCGGGGCGCCGGCUCGUUUCCUGGACAUGCUCAGCUAUUACCCCUGGGUCGAGGCCAGUCUGAACAAGUUCCGACAGCUCACCAUCACUAGGCUGUCCAACCAGAAGUUCGUGCUCAGGAGUGGCGGUGGUCGUCGUAAUGACGGCGAAGACGAAGAGAUAGAACAUCACGUGAUGAGGUACGGAGCCUGUGAUGAAGAGGAGAAGACCAACCUCAUAUACCGUGACCAGUUGUUCCUGCGCACCGACAACCAGCAGUAUCAGUUCAUUACUUACAACAUGACUAUAUACGAGAAUGUGGAGUACUCGUGUCUUACCCUGGAGCUGGUGAAUGCAUCCGCCGUCUCCGAGAUGAGGGUUAAGCACUUCUGUCCGCGCGAGUCCCGCGGGCCCAUCUGCUACUCCUACAAAGGCUCACUGUUCGAGAUAUCCGUGUACAUAAUAUACUCGGACGCGUGCAUGUUCGAGAUGGUGGCGUGGGGAUGGAAGAAGAACAUGACGCUCAUCGACGUCCAGGAGUGGAAGUGGGAGGAGGGGACUUACUACCAGGACUUCUCUAUGACUAGGGUGGAGUACAGAGGCCCAGCAGACACGACGGGUUACGGGUUCGAACCCCUGGACGACAAGAUGUGGAUCCCGGAGUACGACUUCUGGACCACUACGCCCUUCGACAACUCCUCGUGGUUAAGCACCACGGAAAGAAGGCGGCAGGACGGUACGGAACCAGAGGCCCAGAAGGGCGGCUCGAUGACACGAGGUCCUUUACCGCCACCAGGCACCAGUGACACCGACUCCGAAUUCGAGAUCGGAGUACGGUGGUAGAUCAUCAACACCCAGCCUCUAUACAUAUAUACCCGGCACCAGUGAUGACGAAGACAUUCUUAGCCCCUAUUUUAAUGCUUGAUAGGACCGUAGUUAAUAAAAAUAUUGUGCUCUGUACCCCUAGCAUGAACCAAUGUCGAGUUCGCAUAGUUGGCGAGUCCGAAAUGUCAAUAUCAAAUGUGUAUUGACUUUUAGUUCUCGUUACGUACUUUG